AUGGGUUUUAAAGGGACCUGUUCUGUUGAUUGUGUAGGUAGGAGGGGUGAUUUUGAUUCUUAUGUGGAGAAGCUCGUUAUAAAUUCACCAGAUUCUGGGGCCGUGAAGCUGAGUCGAAGGUUGAGGAGAGGUUGGAUAGGGUGUGUUGUAACAAGGAUUGGAUAUGAGCUGACAACAUAUGAUCAUUCCCCAUUUUUCUUUCAUUCCACGGUCGUGGAGGACCAGUGGGCUAGUUCAGGUUAUAUUCAAUUUAAACUAAAGGCUAUGAGCGACAACUUGAAGUCGUGGAGUAGUAAAAUUUGUCAAAAUCAUAAGAAGAGGUUGGAAAGGAAUAGAACUCGUUUGCAAAGAUUGAAGUAUCGUCAAGACAAUGAUGGUAUUGAGCUGUUUAAUUCUUUAUCUAGAGAGUUUGAGAACUUGUUACUAAAGAAGGAGGUUUAUUGGAAACAACGCGCUAAGUGUAAUUGGCUAGCAGAAGGAGAUGCAAAUACCCGCUUUUUUCACAACGUGGCUAGUACAAGACAGAGGCGUAAUAAAGUUCGGAGGUUAAAGGAUGAGCAGAGCGAGUGGUGUAGUUUGAGACAGGGAAAUCAUAACAUUUAUAGAAGGUAUUACACUGACCUGUUUGCGGAUAGUGGAGAGCAAUUUACUGAUUAUUUCCAUGUUGAUUCUCGUGUAGAUGAUGGCCAUAAUGAUAUUAUGAUCAGUCCGGUAUCGUAUUUAGAGGUUAAAAAUGUGGUUUUUAGCAUGCAUAACGAUAAGUCUUCAGGGCCAUAUGGUUUCAACCCGUCUUUUUAUAAGAAAUAUCGAAGAGUGGUUGGGUCAGAUGUUGUUAAAGCUUGUAAGCUGUUUUUUGAGACAGGCUGUUUGCUGGAGGGAUUAAACAACAUGACAAUUGUUCUUAUUCCAAAGUAA